GCCAAAAAAAGAGAUAGAAUGAUUGAGAAAAAUUAUAAAUCCAGCUUGGUAGAUCGAAACAGGGAACGAACGUGGAUAUUUGUUCAUAGAAAUUACAUGGGUAGUAGCAGUUGAUUUCGAUGGGCUUCUAGUUGACACCCACAGCCAAUAAAAAAAAAACUAGUAUAUAAAUAACCGCUUCUGCCUUCCUUCCCUGUCAUUCUUCUUAUUUUUUCCAUUCUUUCUCCCGUCAUAAGCUACAACAACAUUAAAAACAGCCAUUAAUCAUUUUUUCUAGGUGGGAAAUGGAGUUAGAGCAACCCAUGUUUAGAGAAACAACUGAAGCCCCGAAAUUGAACGCAGCAAAUGAUAGUAAGACUUCAACCAGUAGUGACAGGGAUACGUCACCAGAAUCAACAUGCUGUUCCUAUGUUUCCAGCAAACUCUGUCAAGGUUCGGAGUCAUUCAGGACUCUAGAGAUGGGUGUGCCAAAGGUUGGCUCCACCGAGAAAAAGCUGUCUUGGCUACGAUCUCAAAUCAUUGGUGGUGAUGCAGAAUUUGACUCUCCUUUUGGAACUAGAAAACUUACUUAUGCUGAUCAUACUUCAUCGGCUCGCUCUCUUCACUAUAUCGAAAACUUCAUCGUCACCAAUGUUCUGCCAUUCUAUGGGAACACUCACACGUGUGACAGUUUUGUGGGGUACAGAACGACGAAAAUGGUGCAUGAAGCAUCAAACUACAUUAAAAGAUGUCUAGGUGGUGGCCAAGAUGAUGCAAUUCUGUUUUGUGGCUCAGGCACUACGGCUGCUAUUAAAAGGCUACAAGAAGUUAUGGGGAUUACGGUACCAUCAAUUUUGAGGGACGGGGUAAUAAAUUGCUUAAUCAAUGAGAGUAGAUGGGUAGUUUUUAUUGGCCCCUACGAGCACCAUUCCAACUUGCUUUCUUGGCGUCAAAGCCUUGCUGAAGUUGUGGAGAUUGGUUUAGAUGAGAAUGGGUUGAUGGACAUUGAUGCACUAAGACAACAGCUUGAGUUGUAUAAACACGCCAAUAGGCCUUUGCUUGGUUCAUUUUCAGCUUGUAGUAAUGUGACUGGGAUUCAACCAGAUACUCGAGAGAUUGCCAAACUUCUUCACGAGUAUGGAGGUUUUGUUUGCUUUGAUUUUGCAGCAAGUGGUCCAUAUGUGGAGAUUGAUAUGAGGUCAGGGGAGAUUGAUGGAUAUGAUGCUAUUUUCCUUAGUCCACAUAAGUUUUUAGGUGGCCCUGGAUCACCCGGCAUCCUUCUAAUGAGCAACGCUCUCUAUCAGUUAGGAUCUUCUCCUCCAUCAACUUGUGGAGGUGGAACUGUUAAUUAUGUCAAUGGUUUCAAUGAACAGGACACAUUAUAUGCAGGUGACAUAGAAGAAAGGGAAAAUGGAGGGACUCCUCAAAUAAUUCAGAUUAUUAGAGCAGCAUUGGCUUUUUGGGUAAAAGAAUAUAUUGGUUAUGAAGUGAUUGCAAAGCAGGAGAAGUCGUACAUAAAUCAAGCAUUGGAGAGGCUUCUCCCAAACCAAAACAUAUGGGUUUUAGGAAAUGCAAGCACCGAGACCCAAAGACAAGCCAUACUGUCUUUCCUCGUCUACUCCACAACCAACGAUGGUAAUAAUGUUGACCAGGCAGAGGAAAAGGGGAGGGGACUUUUCAUGUGGGGAGAGACUGGGAACAAGAGGGAUAAACCUCUCCAUGGCCCUUUUGUUGCAACCCUCCUAAAUGAUCUGUUUGGCAUCCAAGCUCGGGGUGGAUGUGCUUGUGCUGGACCUUAUGGCCACAGUUUACUUGAUAUUGAUCAGACUCGAUCCCUUGCCUUAAGAGAAGCUAUUAACAGGGGCUACACAGGAGUAAAACCUGGAUGGACAAGAGUCAGCUUUCCUUACUACAUGUCAAAUGAGGAGUUUGAAUACAUUCUUGCGGCAAUGGAGUUCGUAGCCAUAUAUGGCCAACGAUUUCUUCCCCUAUACCAUUUCAACCUGAGAACUGGCAGCUGGACUUUCAAGAAGAAGGCGCUUAAGGACCUGGUAGGAAAGGAGAAUGGUCAUGGUAUCCAUGUCUUGCCUUUGGCUAGUGCCUUUCAGGCAAUCAGCAUGGACCGAGACAAAAUUGAUGCAGAAAAGAAUGAUACUUCUAUCAUCAUUAAGUAUGCAUCAUAUUUGGAAAGUGCCAAACGAAUCGCUGCUCUCCUUCCCAAGUUUCCAUCUCGACGGAGGUUUCAUGAAGAUUUAGAUCUUGACCUCCUCACUUUUAGAGUCUAACCAUACUAUCAAGAAAUGAUUCGAGUUCAUAAUAAAAUUUAUCUAUUUUUCCUCACUUCAAUGGAAUAUUCUCACAAAGCAAACGCAGAAAAUUAA